AUGAUAAGAGCCAGCCUUUCGUUGCAAUUAAUAACAAUAUCUAUAAUAACACUUCAAAGACAAUUACAGCACUUAAAUAGUAGCUCAAGAAAAUCAUGGGAUACUAAUUAUGACUAUAUUGUGGUGGGUGCUGGUGCUGCCGGUGCCGUAGUGGCCGGCCGUCUCUCGCAAAAUGCCAAUAUCAGAGUCUUAUUGCUGGAAGCGGGCGGACCCGAGACAGUGAUCACCGAUAUUCCGGCCAAUUAUUUCUCAAUCACUGGUAAUCCGGAGUUUGAUUGGAAUUAUCCGAUCGCAGAUCAGCCAAACAUAGCGCGCGCCUACAACCGACCCAUCCAUAUGUCUGUCGGCAAAGUAUUGGGCGGAUCGUCCACAUUGAGUGGAAUGGUUUACAACAGAGGAAAUCGUAAUCAUUUUGAUGAAUGGCAUUCACGGUAUGGCUGUUUGGGUUGGAAUUACGACAAUAUUCUGCAAUAUUUCUUGAGAGCUGAGAAUAACACGGAUUCCACUUAUUUGAUGAAGAAUUCAAAAUAUCACAGCAAUUCUGGUGUCAUGACUGUGUCUUCAGACUGGGGUCAUCUGAACGCUUUGCCAAUCUUUAAGACAUUCAUCGAAACAGCAGCGAUGGCGGGAUAUCCUACCAUUGAUGUCAAUGGACCAACACAAUUGGGCUCAACAUUAUUUCAACACCAAAUAAGAGACGGCAUAAAAGUGACCACUUCUUCAGCGUAUUUAACUCCAAACCUAAACAGAAAUAACUUACAUAUUGUGACUCAAGCCAUGGUUACAAAGAUACUGUUUAGUGGAUUAAAUGCCAGAGGAAUUCAAUUUACAAGAAAUGGGGUCCAAUAUAGUGUUGACGCCACGCGGGAAGUCAUACUUUCUGCAGGUGCGAUAGGAUCAGCUAAAUUGCUUAUGUUGUCUGGAAUUGGACCCAAAAAUCACUUAAAUAGUUUCAAUAUACCGGUGCUGUCAGACCUACCCGUGGGAAACAACUUCCACGACCACACGUCUGUUGUCCUCAACUUUGAUAUCUUAGAUCAGAGCCAAUCGUAUGAAUUGGUGGAACUGACGGUUCAGAAUCUGUACGAGUAUUACAUCAACUCUGCCGGCGCUCUCACUAUGUUUCCCAAUGCGGCCACAUAUCAGGUCACACAAGUGAACAACCAAAAGGACUGGCCAGACAUCAUGACUGAAAUGACUCGGAGUAACAAUUUGUGGUACAAUUUGUCUGAUAUCACCCGACAAUACGGAUCUCACGUAAAGGAAUGGGAGGAUUAUUGGCGACCCUAUGUCGGUCGAAGACUUUUAUUAAUGUAUAAUCAGAUGGUAAGACCUCGAGCUCGUGGCACAGUUAGACUCGCAUCCAGAGAUCCAAAUGUAGACCCAAUUGUUGACCCAAACUAUUUAGGCGAUCCGUACGACAUGGACUCCACGGUUAAUGGCAUCAGAAAUAUGAUAACUCGCAUCUCAACUGUGGGUCCAUUUGCGGCUCAAACCCGAAGAAUAACGACAACAGUCCCGGGAUGUCGUAAAUGUGGUUACGAUGACGAGUGCGACGAGUAUCUCAGAUGUCUUGUGAGGCAAACGGCACAAGCAGUCUAUAGACAUGUUGGGACCUGUAGGUGCGGAUCAGCCGCUGAUAGCAAAGCAGUGGUCGACGAAAGACUGCGAGUGAUAAAUGUGAAGAGACUUCGUGUAGUGGACGCGUCUAUUAUGCCUCAAGGAGUCAACUCCAACCACUUGCCCGCAGCCGUUAUGAUCGCUGAAUAUGGCUCUCAAAUGAUCCAGGAUGAUAUGGCUUAG